UCUAAGAUGGCUGCGCCCGUUGAUGCAAUGUGUAUGAAAUAGUUUUUAAUGAUUUAAUAAGUUGACCGGCGUGCUCAUGCUAUGCGACUCGCACCAAGACUUUCUUUAAGAAUAAUCCAUAAUUUGAAACAGGUGGCUCAUCUCUCAGAAAUGCAGAACCCAUCCAAACCAACCAUCUUAAAUCUGCCUGUGACACAGAAAGUUGAUCCUGCCCAAGUGAAAGUCGCAGCUGAGAGCCUUCUAAAUGGGAACAUCAUAGCUGUUCCAACAGACACUAUAUAUGGAGUUGCUGGGCUUGUACAGAAUUCAGAAGCCAUCAGGAAGAUUUACAACAUCAAAAAUCGGGACCAGGCAAAGCCUAUUGCCAUAAGUGUUGGCAAUGUCGCAGAUUUUUACAAAUGGAGUAAAGUUAUUCUACCUCAGGGACUUUUAGACGAUCUCUUGCCGGGCCCAGUUACAAUUGUGCUACAAAGAUCGUCGCAACUCAACCCAGACCUAAACCCUGGCACACCGCUUGUUGGCAUUCGCAUUCCUAAUCACCCAUUUAUCAUUGAACUGGCACGAAAAUGUGGUGGACCCAUUGCGCUCACUAGUGCUAACAUAUCGUCAACUAAGAGCACAUUGAAUACACGGGAGUUUGCAGAGUUAUGGCCUCAGCUGGAUGUGAUUUGUGACGGGGGACAACUAGGGGACACAGAGUUUUCAAGACGAGGGUCCACAGUUGUAGAUCUAUCAGUGAGAGGGAAAUACAGGAUCAUUAGGGAUGGCAGUGCCAAAAAAGAGACCGUUGAAGUCCUAGAACGAUACAGUCUACAAGACGCGGCUUCUUGAUGUCAGCUGUGUAUAGACAAUAUAUAGACAUAAUUUAUCAACUGUGUUAUAUCAAUCAUUGGAAAUUGUAAAGUGCAAUUUCAUGUUCUGUAAAAUGACAUUACUGACUGCUAGUAACAGUUAACUGUUUUUAUUUACAUUGUAUACUAUAUUGUUUAAAAUAUAUUUCUUAGUGUUGGCACAAAUUUUUCCAUACUAGCCAGAACACUACAUGAGACACUGAAUAACCCACUUAACAAAACCAGUGCAUUACUGUAUGUAGCUUUUUAAAGCACUUUUGUGCACUUAUCUCAAAGGUCAAGGUCAAUGUUUAUAUGAUAUAGAUUUAAUAGUAAUAAUUUGUAUUUCCAUCAUAACUGUUAAACAAAGAAUGGAAAUUCAAUCAAUUUUAGACUUUAUAUAAGAAUGUCAUUUUCAUCAUUGGAGAACGGUGUUAAAGUUAUGGUCUAUAUAAGCAUUUAAGGUUCAAAACUACAUAUUGAAAAGCACAAAAACAAAAAGAUUUUUUUUUUUUUUUUUUUUUUUUAGUUUUUCAUUAUUUUUUCAAACUGACUAUAAAAACAAUAGGGUCGGCGCCUAUUCCGUAGGUAGGGUCGGGUAACCCGAACCAAAUGUAUUAUUUUUUUUAGGCCUUAUCUUAAAGGUCAAGGCCAAACUUAGAGGUCAAUGAUAUUCAAUAUGGAUUUCAUAGCAAUAUUUCUUGUCUUUGGCUCUCAGCCAUAACUGCUUAAUCAAGAAUUGAUAUUAAAUCGAUUUCUUCACGUUUCUUAGAGCAUACCGUAAUGAUAAGGUGUGUCAUACAUAGAAUUUGUGCUUAUCUAAAAGCUCAAGGUCAAUCUUAGUGGUCAAUGUUAUACAAUAUGGAUUCCAUAGCAAUUACUUGUGUCUUGGCAAUAACUUGAUUAUUAUAAAUUGAAAUUCAAUCAAUUUCUUCACAUUUGUAGAACACCAUUGGAAGGUCUGUCAUGCACAAAAUAUGAAGGUCAUGGUCACACUUGGAGAUUAGUGUUGCAAAAAUAUGGAUUAGGAUUUCAUAAUACCAAUAAAAGUUGUGUCUCAGCCAUUACCUUCUAUUCAAAUUUCUCUCAUAUACAAAUGGCUAUCACUUUGACUAGACAUAAUCUGGGGCAUUUAUGAUGAAUCUCAUGAUCUAUGACAUGGCUUGAUUCUUUAAGUAUUUAUUUGUAACAAUAGCUUUAAAGAGGGUAUUUUUGUUUUAUCAAUCAUAUUUUACAUCAACAUUUUAUGACAACAUGUGUAUUUGUGAACGGAAUUCCACAUUUCUUACAAAAUUGUACUCAUGAAUUAUGUUUUGAGCUGUGUGUUUCAAGGACUCCAUUUUAUUUUAUAUUAAAAGGAAUUGGUUU